CUAAAAAUAAUCGAGAAAAAAACAACAAGUAGCAACAACAACAAGUGAUGUUUUUGUGAUGACUCGAAGAAGCCUUGACACAAGAUUUGUCGAAGUGUCACGCUAUUGGCAGUUAUUGGUGAUUCGUUUGGGUUAAUCCGCUGACCUGGUAAUUUCAAGGGGUCUUCAUGCUUGGUUGUGACUGUCUGAGGUCUGUUCUGAAGAAUUAUGUAAGAUUCUAACCUUUAUGCCUCUCAAGUCUCUAAACUAUUCAAUAUGAGGUUCAAUGAGAGAGAAGCAGCUGAGGUGCUAAAUGGACCCAUAGAUUUAGAGGGACGCCUUAAUUUCCGGAAGCUGUGUCCUGGCAGCUACAGCCAGCCAGCUUUCAAAGAGCGCUGGUUCAAACUGAAAGGCAACCUUCUUUUCUACUUCCGCAUCAACGAGAUGGGAAGGGUAGAAACCAAGCAGCCCAGUGGGUUAAUAGUUCUGGAAAACUGUAGUGUUCAGCCUGAAGGAAAUUCUGGUGUUCCAUUUGCUUUCUCUCUUUCUUUUGGAGAUGAGCCAGACAAGAAAAUAAUAUUUGCCGGUCGAUCAGAGGAUCAUGUUCAGCAAUGGAUCAACGCAUUGAAGCAGUCAUCGUAUGAGUAUUGGCGACAACAGAUGAUUCUUCUUCAAUCCAAAAUUUGCUUCAUGACUGGAAAGGAUCCUUUGCUGUUGUAUCCUCGCAACAUGGGCACAGUGCGCAAUUUUCAAGAAAAUACUGAAAAUGGGCAUAUUGGACAACGAGAGACAAGUUUUGUGAGCCAUGUGCUUGUUGCAUCUACCGCAGCAGUUGCUAUUAACUCUGCUCCAACGCCCACCCCAUUAGCAAGAAGUGCCAGCAGCACUAGUGCAGUGCUGCGCUCAAUUGUUCCCCCUCCUCGUACAAAUGCUUUAUCAAGAAGUGCAAGCUCUUCCCAGGCAAACAGAUCACUUUCACCCCCGUUAAGACCGUCAAGAUCUCAAUUUCAUCGACCUAUUUCACCUCUAGCCCAAGCACUACCUCCCACAAAACCCUCUCCAGCAAGCAAUGGGUGUCUUGAAGAUGAUAGCCCAAAUCUUAUAGAUCUGUAAUCUUUUCAAUUCAUGAAAGAAGAAUUUUUUCAAUGGAUCUCUUUGAUCAUUUCUGUCUAUAUAUUGUUUGUGUUCAUUGUAGCUAUCUGCAGUUUGUUUUGUUAUAUUAUUCCCGAACUCUGUUUUCCUCCCAGUGUGAGCUUAUAGAGUGUAUUCACAAUUAUUGCUUUGCUUGCCUAAGCUCGUCAUUGGUCCUUACUUCUAUAUGAAUCUCAAACCUAUCUAAAAUUUUCAAGCCUGGUUUAUCUAUCCUUGAGCUGUGUGUCCAUGAGCUGUGUGUUGGAAGUCAUUAUUUUAAGUAAUCUGAAAAUACUCAGUUAAAUAAUCAAGAUUCGGGUUUGAUUAUUACUAUUAAGCCAAGACUGAAGUGAGGUAUGGCACCAUUUUAUUCAUUUAUGAUAAAAUCACUCUGUGAAUUUUCUAAAUCUGGCCUCAAGUCCACCUUGCCAUGCCUCAUAUGAUUAUAAUUGGUCUUUUGACUAGUGACUAGUUACUUGUUGUAAAUGUUGAUCUGCUUUUAAAAAUUUAUUUUUUUAAUUGAUUAUUUGUUGUUAGGUAUACAGUAUUUUUAAAAUGUAAUAGGCAACAGAGGAGUGGAUUUAACAAAUGUUCUCCUCAUUUCAGUUCCUCAUUGUGCUUGUCUAAGUGGAUGCCCUUAAAGUGUAGUUAAGUAGGAUCGGCGAGCUGUAUUAAUUUUUAUGUCUAGGUUUGAGGAAAAAGAGUUUCUACUUAGACUUGAAUGUGAAUGUAUGCAAUGGCAACAGCAGGAUAUACGUAGUUUUUAUCAUAUCAGUACUGCAUCCAAGUGUACCAUGUGUGAAUUUGUUCUUAAUAUUUUGAGAAAUAUUACCCACUUUUUGUGUCUCCUCACUUGAAGAACCUUCUGCCAUAGUAUUUUGUAAUAACAAGUAGUUACCUGCCUUUGUAAUGAAUGAAGUAUAUUUUCAGAAUUAGUCAAGAAGAAUGCUAUGUUUUCUAGAUAUGUUGCAAAUGUAUGUGAUAAAGACUCCUAGGCUUAAGGUUAAAGCAGGGUUGUGUUGAAAAGAUUGAAUUCUAUUAUA